AUGACUGAGGUUUCUAACACUCGACUUUAUCUCGGGAAUCUUCCCCGCAAUGUGACCAAACAGGAUAUCGAAGAGCACUUUGGCAGCCAUGGCUCGGGAAAGAUUACUGAGAUCAAGCUCAUGUCGGGGUUUGGUUUUAUUGAAUAUGAGGAUGCGAUGGAUGCGAGAGAUGUUGUUCCGGACGGCAGUGACUUCAAAGGCGAACGACUCACUGUGCAGUUCGCGCGUGGACCUCGCCGUAAGGAGACCUUCCCUGGUGGCCCCAUGGAUCGCCCCGGUAUGCCUCGUCCGCGUCGUACCGUCUAUCGCAUGCUGGUUUCUGGCCUUCCGGAAACAACUAGUUGGCAGGACCUCAAAGAUUUUGCCCGUCAAUCUGGCCUUGAUGUAGUCUACUCAGAAGCCGGACGUGAGUUUGGAAGAGGGUUUGUUGAAUUCGAAACCGCCAAUGAUCUGAAGACGGCCGUGGAGAAGCUCGACGGACGCGAGUUCAAGGGAGCCAGAGUGAACUGCGUCGCGGAUAUUCAACCCUACCCCUACCGUGAACCCUACCGGGCCCGCUCCCCCCGCCGAGGCUACCCACCCAUUGAUGACUACGACCGGAGAUUUCCCCAUGCACCCCGAGGCUACAGCCCGCGCGACCACUACCGCGAGCGCUCUCCCAUCCCCCUCCGCGGAGAAUAUUACGACCGAGAUGGAUAUGGCCGCCGCACACCUCCUCGCCCCCGGAUUGAUGACUUCCCUCCCUCGCGCCGUCCCUAUGAUGAGCUCUAUGAUGCGCGUGCUCCGUUGCCGCCUCCGCCACGCUUUGAUGAUCCCUACAUGGCACCGCCUAGGCCUUUCGGACGCCCGCGCUCGCCGCCCAGGGGUGCAUACAUGCCGCCUUAUGACCGCCGGCCUUAUUGGUAA